AUGGAAACGAGUCUGCUGCGCCGAUUGCGCAGGCGCUACGCUUCUCCAGAGAAGUGCAUGCACGGCUCCUUUGUCAUUGAUGCGGAGGAUACGGUCUGGCCUCGCCCUCUUAUCCCCUCCGUGGAGACGCCCUCCUCAUCGAACCGCUGCAACAAUUGCUGCCGCCUGAUUGCGGAUAUGCGUCUUCUGCAGGAGGAAAAUGCAGAGAAUACGCGGGCCAUCGAUCUGCUCACUGUCGCCCUAAGGUGGGAGCAGGUACACGGGCAGCGGCGUGGCGCGGUUCGCUGGCAGCACAUAACUUCCAACGCCACCACCAAUAACAAGAGUGACUACAAAGACAGUGACAACAAAUACGCUGCUGCCGCCGCUGCUACUGCUUCUGUUGCUGAGCCCUCGUCACUCAUGGUGGCGUACCAGUCGCUACAGGAGACACAUAUCCACACGGAGGAAGAGUUAUUCCAUCAGCGCUGCCGCUACGAGGGACAGAUUGCGGAUCUGGAGGAGCGGCUGGCGCGAGCAGAGCACGAUCUUAGAAACACGACUGAUUUGAACGCACUUCUAAUCGAAGAGCUCAAAAGCGGUGCCCGCAAGGUCUCCUCUGUAUCGUUUAUAUGA